AUGGCACUCGCUAGAGAAAUCAUAGGCUCUUCGUUAACGCAGAAAUUUGCAUUUCUUGAUCCAUCAAAUUUUCUUGUAAAUCGUAAGCACGACCAGUUCUGUUUUAAUCCAGUUCCUGCCCAAAGAAAGAGAUUUCAGGUGAAAAGAGCAUCAAAGGUUCCUAUUCUUGUCGCAGCAAUCAGUGAGGAUUUGGAUUUGGUAAAAGUGGUGCCCGAUAAAGCGGUAAAAUUCAAGGUCAGAACAGUUGUUACUGUAAAAAAUAAGCACAAGGAAGAUUUGAAGGAAACCAUAGCCAAGCGUUGGGAUGCUUUGACUGACAAAAUUGGGAGAAAUGUGAUGUUAGAAUUUGUUAUCACAGAUAUUGAUCCAAGACUGUCUCUAAAUGGCAAAUGUGCAUUUGGAUUCCGAAAUUAUAAGGAGCCACAUGAUCACAAAGUUGGAUCGCCUCAGCCUUUAUCGUCCACUUUUGAUCAUCGUGUUGAAUCACUAAAACUUGAGGAUGAGAUUGAUCAAAUUCUGCAUGCACUAAGGACGUCGCAGGAUUUUGAAUAUAGACUUGCGGAGGAAAGGCUUUUUGCUCAUAAGAACUAUAUCCUAAAUCUUUACGAACAACUUGAUAAGGAAAGGUCUGACCUCUCAAGACACACAUCAUUGAAGGAUCCAAAUACCACCGUACUUGAUGCUGUCCAGAGCAGAAUCGACCAGAUAAAGCAGGAAGUGUCCAAACUAAAUGACAUGGAAGAAGCAAAGAAGGGAUUUGGAAGAGUUUCCAAAUAUAUUCUCAAGGAACAUUUUGGUCUAGAAAUUGAGAGUUGA